CUACCCCCUCUGUGUGUCCGGCACAUAAUCGAACUGGGAGCGCCGUGGUGGCCGUCGUCAGUUCCAUAAAACGGAGCAAAAUUUCAUUUCUAAAAUGAGAACAUAGUUAAGCUAAAACGAAAGAAGAUAGAGUCAAUGUAAAAAGGCGAAGUGAGAGAGAGAGAGAGAGAGAGAGAGAGAGACAUGGCUGGUCGUGAGAAUUUUCUCGUCGCGAUAGAGCUUCGAUUCAACAGCCAACGUAGCGGCAACGCAAACGCAAUCACGCCGCUUAUCGCUCGAGUGUAGCGAUAUCAUCGAUGCACGAGUGCACGCGGAAUAGAGUGACAGAGUGCGACGAGUCGAGGAAAAGAAGAGGGUGGUCGUCUCUCCUUCAACUUUAUAGGCGCCAGCCUGAGGUUUACGCGAAGUGUAAAGGGUGCAAAGGGCGUAAAGGGCGUAAAGGGCUCCCGUGAGAUAUCAGCGAGUCGAGUGAAACUCGCUCCACAAGUGCCAGAGAAGCAGAGAGAAGAAUAACGAGUGUCGUCGAGCGAGAGUCGAACGCCGAGAGGAUUUCGGUGGUGAAAGACAGAGCGAGUGUCGUGCGUCGCGGAUAAGGAGAAGCUGCGCGACCUCGCCAGCCGUCGAUUUCAUAUCGAAGAGGAAUUUCAGCCACGUUUCUCCAACGAGGUACGAUAUAUCCCGUAGGGUCUCUUCUCGUGAAUCACAAUGGCGCCCAACUCCGUGUAUGCGCGGAAUCGUCGCCGGUCAUGAUCGACUCGCGAUGCGACACGGCGGCAGGCAUCUCGAUAAAUCCUCCUCUCUAGCCUCCUCGCUCGCUCGCUGAUGCACCGCUGACGAUUCAAAUGAGCGGACUAGCUGCAGCAGCUUUAGCGCGAUUACGUCGUCCUUCCUCGAAACGACCUAGUCUCCGGUAGUCUCGCCACAGUCACCCUGGCGUGGUGAGGAGAGCGGAAAGAGGGGCAACAUGAAAAGAAUCCGCAAGAGGCACCCGCCAAAGUUAAAAGAAGAUUAUGCCAGAUCAACGCAGUGAUAGUGUACCCGGAUGCUCCCGGCCACCCGGCGGGGCUCGGCCACUUUGGUGCCGUUUCUCAUCCAGUUUAUCCAGUGAAUGUUGCUUAUCGAAGAGUAAAAAUUUAGGCUAGCGAGUCGGGCGAGAUGGAUGAACGCGACAUGCGAUUUACAACGGUUGUCGAUUAAUUCGAGCGAAAGAGAGGCAAGUCGCAGGAGGAGAGGUCCAAUCCGCGCAAUAUUUACAACUUUCCGUUUGUAAAUAACCUCUAUACUCGAAUCGAAAUUCGUAUGCCAUGUUCUCCGAGAAAAAAUGGACUGACUGAUUUGGCGCGCACGUCGCAUCGAUUGUCUUUGAAUCGCUGCCCGAAUGAAACUAACAAAAAUACACGUUAACUCCAAGACACGUUAUCCUCCAAACGUUUCCCCUAUUCCAUUGCCAUUUUCGGUUACGACCGAGAGCACGAUGUCGCGUGAAAUCGCGAUGGAACGCGACAGACCGGUACCAGACUUGGCAAGGAAGUGAUAACGACGAAGCGAGGAGUGCGGAAAGAAGGAAGACUCGCGACACCUUCGACACGAUUCGGCCGUUGGUUUAUAAGACAACUCUUCAACCUGGCGGACCAAGAGGAAGGCGGUGGUUCGGCGGCGAUGCAGGGCAAGGAGAGCCCUGUUGGGUCCAACACCCAAGAGACCCAUCAGUACGUCGGCCCGUAUCGCUUGGAAAAGACCUUGGGGAAAGGCCAAACUGGUUUAGUUAAGCUCGGCGUGCACUGUGUGUUAGGCAAGAAGGUAGCGAUCAAGAUUAUCAAUCGCGAAAAGCUUUCGGAGUCUGUGUUGAUGAAAGUGGAGCGUGAGAUCGCCAUUAUGAAAUUGAUCGAUCAUCCGCAUGUGCUCGGUCUCUCGGAUGUGUACGAAAACAAGAAAUAUCUAUAUCUUGUUCUGGAACACGUCUCGGGCGGGGAACUGUUCGAUUAUUUGGUUAAAAAGAGCAGACUGACCCCGAAGGAAGCGAGGAGAUUUUUUCGACAAAUAAUUUCCGCAUUAGAUUUUUGCCACAGUCAUAGUAUAUGCCAUAGAGAUUUGAAGCCUGAGAACUUGUUACUGGACGAGAAGAAUAAUAUUAAGAUAGCGGAUUUCGGAAUGGCGUCCUUACAACCCGCAGGCUCCAUGCUGGAGACCAGUUGCGGAUCACCUCAUUACGCUUGUCCCGAAGUCAUCAGAGGUGAGAAAUAUGACGGUAGAAAAGCGGAUGUAUGGUCUUGUGGGGUAAUACUUUACGCGCUUCUGGUAGGCGCCUUACCCUUUGACGACGACAAUCUGAGAAAAUUGUUGGAAAAAGUUAAGCGCGGAUUGUUUUACAUACCGCAUUUUGUGCCGCCCGAGUGUCAGAAUUUGCUCAGAGGCAUGAUAGAGGUCGAUCCUGAGAAAAGAUUGACGUUAGCAGAAAUAAAUAGGCAUAUUUGGGUGACGGCGGCGGGUAAGGGCGAGUUGGAAUUGGAGCUGUCGAUGAUGGACGUAGUGCAGACGCACGUUAUUCCGUCCGUGGAAGCGAUCGAUCCCGACGUGCUACAGGCGAUCGCGAGUCUCGGUUGCUUCAAGGAGCGCGACAAACUCAUUCAAGAGUUGCUCAGUCCGAACCACAACACGGAGAAGGUGAUAUACUUCUUACUGCUAGAGAGGAAACGAAGAAGACCAGCGUGCGAGGACGAGCUCGAGGUAAUGAGAAGUAGCAUGAGAGGAUCCGCGGGACAAUUAGAGGCCGAUCCGCCAAGGAAACGGGUGGAUACGUGUAGAGUGAACGGAAGUACCGCGCUCAAUCUCGGACAGAUCAGUCACGGCUCGCCUUUGACGCCUAGAAGACAGUCCAGAUUGCUAAUCAUUUGCAGCACGAGACAUCACGCGCGUCGAUCACCGAGCACGGGAUGCCACACUCACGCGUCCCAUUCGCACUCGUCGACCCCGGGCAGCUCGCCGUUGCAUGCACCGGCGGGUCUCCUGAGUCCCCAUAGAGCGGUACCGACGUCGCACAUGAGUCAGACGAUCGCCUGCGGUGCGCACAGACUGUCCAUUGGCAGUACCAUCACUAAUGUCGCCGGAAACGGCAGCAGCCCCACGAAUCAAAGCGUCCCGACGCCGACGCCGGCCCUCGCCACUGUCGGCAUUGAACUCAAUGACGUACAGCCUGUAGUCGCAGUCGGCGUUACACCGCCAGGCUCGCCUCACACGGGAGCAGGGUCCGGAGCUCAUCACUGGAGAUCGCGAUUAACCACGAUCAAGAAUUCUUUCCUGGGAAGUCCCAGGUUUCAUCGUCGUAAAUUGCUCACUAGUACCGAAGAGGUACAUCUCACGCCGGAUUCUUCGCCGGAACUUACCAAAAAAUCAUGGUUCGGUAGUUUGAUGACUACGGAAAAAGACGAAACUUUUACCGUUUUGGUGAAAGGAAAACCGCUAGCUAGUGUAAAAGCUGAUCUAAUUCACGCUUUUUUAUCGAUAGCAGAAUUAUCUCACAGCGUAAGCUCACCGAUGUCGUUCAGAGUGGAGUACAAAAGGGGUAGUACCGCGCCAGCCAUGUUCCAGAGACAAGUGCGAUUUCAAGUUGACAUUAGUGCGAUUUCGAAGCAGCCGAACGAGCCCCUCUUUGCCAUCACGUUCACGUUAUUGAGCGGAAACAUCCGAAGAUUCAGGCGAGUAUGCGAGCAUAUUCAGUCUCAGGUGUGUUCGAGAAACGUGGGUAUGAACUUGGGAGGACAAAGCAGAGCCGCGCCGCCUAGUCCGAGGGCCUCCAGAAAGUUCACCACAGAGAUGAGCGAGAGUUCCAGCUGUGGCAGUGAUACCAGUGAACGACUCUUUCUUAAUCCUCACCCAGCUACCAGACAGGUAGUCUGUUUCAAUAAGAUCGAUUCGGACAUUGAGUCGGAUACGUCUGUAUUCGACGUAAAGUCACCAACCCGCGAGAAUGGUAGAAGAAGUUCGACGUCGACGAACAACAACAAUGCCCUAUCGGGUGAAACGACACCGACCCCGGGCAGUCCGCCAAAAGCGGUGCGAAGCAAUUCGGAGAGCCAAAAUACGCCGGAAAAGAAAUGCGUCACCACUAUGAGCGGCAACAACAUAGCGUGAUACUACCAGAACCUUCGCUUCGAGUUCCGAUCGAGUCUGAAGAGCCUAUGGGACAGCGCUCAGAGAUUUUGGUGAGAAGAUCGGGAAGACGCUUUGAAAACGCGCGCGCGCGCGCGCGUCGAACUGCAGAAAAUGCGUUCAGACACAUCUAUAUGCGUUAUUACGUAUUCGUGCAACAGACGAGAUUCAUCCUAACGUCACCGACUCUCUCAUUAGACUGCUACUAAGUAGACUACUACUGAGUAGCGAGAAGAUUAAGUGAGAGUAAUACUUGAUUGCAUUGUGUAAUUCGAAACAUUGAAAAAUCUUUGGUACCCUUUACCCUAAUAUCGCGCGACGCCGACGGAUACUGAGGUUUUCAUUUUCGAAAUUAAUAACUAUUUCAUUUCGUUUUAAACGUUUAGCGAUAAGCCUGCAAACGUUUUCUCCAAACGACUCAAACCCAGAUGCGAUCAAACCUAGAAGCGAUGCUAUAUGCAAAUAUUGUAUUUUGUGUUUAUAAGAUAAAUGGAUCUUCAAAAGAGACACUAGUUUCAAAUCGCCUCCAGAUAAAAUUGCCGAACGGCAUAUAUAUUUCAAUAAAUAAGCCUACAUAAACAAUUGCACGGAGAGAAAGAUCUACGAUUACUCAACAAGGCAAAUGUAAAAUAUAUUAAGAAAAUGUGUUUCGUGAGAAACUCAAGUGCAAUAAUAUAAUGUUACUAUAUUAUUUCACCCCCCACAUACAAUGGAUGUUACUACAAAAAAAAAAAAAAGAAUUGUAUCGCGCUGUGUUAAGUUUGAGUUAACAAAUGGCACUUUUACAUAUUAUUAGACAUUUUACAUAUUUUAUUAAUUAAUUAUGGAAAAGACACAAACGCUAUUGCGCUUGGAUAGUACCACUGUUAAAAAAAAAAAAAUGUAUCGUUACCCCGAUACAUUAUAAAUUAUUCGUUUCGCGAGUUUAAUUUUUAAUUUUUAUUCAAGUUUUAAUUCGCUUAUCGCACAAUGUUUAUUUGCAGCUUUGUUAUUUCAAUCUCCUCAUAGUAUACUCGUCCAAACAAACGUAUACAAUCCGAUAUCUAACUACAUUAACAGAAGACACGGUUUGACGGAAAGAAUGCCUCGAGAGAUUUAUUUUUUUCACACACAAUGGGGAGAAGAGAAAGAGAGAUUUCCUACUUUAAAAAAUAUUAAUAAUAAAUACACACGCAAGUCUCACGAUCGUACGAAGCGUAGAUUCGUUUGCCUCUUGCAAAAAGAAAAGCGGAGAGGACGAUAAAGUCGACGAUGGCAAAAGCAAAACCCGUCGCGAAGCAAUCAAGGACUAACGCGUUGCUGAGAGAAUGUAUAACUCAUAUAGGAAAAAAAAAAAUAUAUAUAUAUAUAUAUGUAUAUAUAUAUAUAUAUAAAAGCAGUACAAGAAAGCUGCACUUCCCUAAACGAUAUAAGAAAUAAGUAGUUAUAUCAUAAAGUUAUUCUCAACACAGACAUAUCUCGAGAUUGUCCCUAUUGGCUUCUUAGUAAAAAGCGACGUUUAAUAAGGCGGGUUUAGCAUUGUUUUUAAGCGAAGGUUUGUUAUAUAAGGCUAUCGUGAUAUAUGUUUAUGAAGAAAGGCGAGGAGAUAAGACUAGAUAAAGUAACGGAGGAAAUAACGAGCGUUGAGCGCCCGAAUAAUCUCGGAGAUCAAUAUCUUGGAUCGAUUUUUUGGAGAAUGAAACGAUCGGCGGAGAAACGAUUGGAUUAUCUUCGACGAUAAUCCAAUGAUGCGGUUUUCAAAGUUUACACGAUUAGAAUUAGAUUAGUAGGCGAGAGCGAAAGUGCAUAAACGUUCGCACAAAUCAAAAUUGUGACUUUUUUUUUAGCGCGCGUUGGAUUUCUCGCGAUAGGCGCUCUCGCUUGAGAUAUUACCUAUGUAUUGUAUCGCGCUUGUGGCGACUCGUUCCUACGUAUAAAUGUCCGAGGGCUAUAUCUUUAUAAUCGAUUAACGAUACGGUAAAGAAGAGCUAACGAUCUAGCAAAAUUUCGCAAGACGCAGAACGCGGCGGUGUUUUUUCAGUUAAAGGCUCAGCUAACGGCAGACACGUUGUCAUUCCACAUUAUCAAACAAAAAUACGUAAUAUUUAUGAAAAGAAUUUACCUCGUACCAAAAAUAUUAUUACGAUGGAAAAUGCGUGGGUGGGAAAUUUUAUGAAAAGUCAUUAAUCCUUAACUAUUUUCAAUUUUUAUAGUCUCUCCUACCAUUAGACUCGUAGACAUUUUAAUAACGACUUGAAAAAUUUAACACGGCAAAAAUUAUCUAGAGUAUUAUUUAUAUACAAACACCACACAAAUAUCACCUAAAUAAAAUAUAAAUGUUUUCCUAUUUAUCCAUCUCUUUCCGAUGGAAUUCAAUGGAAAUUCAAUUAUUCUUUUUGAUCGUCGCAAGAAUAGAUCUGAUUCGGUAUGCCCAAAGAAAGAACAAAUUUUAUUCGAGUAAACUAUCCAUAAAUUUGUCGUUUGGUGGUUGUUGAUCGUAGAAAUAAUUUGUGCCGAGAAAAACGGAAACAAAUAUCGUUAUUUGAAGAAUAACGUUAUGCAAUUAAUCCGCGAUAAAAUUAAACUUUAUUAAUUUAAACUUUAUUAAAAUAAUUAAAAUUUAUUUUAUCUAGCUUCCGUGUAUAUUAUUAUUAUUUGUAUAAAGAGAGAGAUUGUAUCUCCUCUGAAAAGUGGCUUGAUGAUGUAAAUUAAUUUUUCCUGUUUGAUAUUUUUUUAUAUCGCGAAAUCGGACUUUGCACGAAAUCGUUUAUUGUAGAUAAGAACAAAAAUAACAGAGAGAGAGAAAGAGAGAGAGAGAGAGAGAAAGAGAGAGAGCGCAUGUAAACGUGCGUUUACAUGUAAAAAAAAGAAAAGAAUGAAAGUUUUUAUUACACACAAACACACACACAUAGAAGAUGAAUGUGAAUUUAGCAUUAACAAUACAAAUACAGAUACACACUCACGUAUAAUUAAAAUUAGCAUAAGCUUGCAAUUAUCUAUUUACUAAUUGCGCUAAAAUAUAAAAGUCAUACAGUACGUAAGUAUAUUAUAAUAACAAAAUAAGUGGAAAAACGGACGUGGGUGAAGGAACGUGGUUAGAGAGAAAAAGGAUGAAAAAAAUUACCGGCCAUAUUAAAUUAGGAUUUUAUAUUGUGCGAAUCUGUGAAUGUGAGCGGAGGAGAGCUAAAGUAAUUUCGAUAUGCAAAUCCAUAGUAGCAAUUGAAGCGAUAGCAAAUUACAGUAGAGAAUAGAAAUUUCGAAAGAAAUCUCUGUCUCCUGUAAAGUCGUAAAAGUGAGGCGAGGCAAACUGAGGGGAAUCUGCGUGAUAUUGUCGUAUAUGGAGUUGGAGCGGCAGAUUCGCGAUACAUGUAGGAUGUGAUGGGAGUGCGCUGCGCUCUGCGCUCUACGCUCCAUCGAUCCUCGACGAAAUAUCUCGCCGAUAGCUGUGCCGCUGACGUAACAUCGCGAAAUCUCUUGUACGAAGGAAAGAACAGAGAAUUAUCGCUAUCUCUCACGUGUCUCCGAUUUAUUUUUCGAUUCGCUUUUGCGCGUCGCGAGACGCCGCGCCGCGAUCUAGCGUGCGAGCGUUAAUCCCGUAUUGAUUCGCAUCAAUUUCUCCGAAGAAUUUUAAAUUUGCAGAAUAAAUUAUUCAGCUCGCGAGACAAUCGAGUUUCGAAUUGCGAAGGCCAGCCUUCCCCCCCCCUCCCCUAACCCCCCAUCCCGCAAUCAUUCUCUUCAGCCUUAUUACGGGCGUUCGCGUCUCUUGAUCUCUUUCCGUUUAACGAUGAAAUAUUAACGUGCUUUCUCAAUAGCUCGCGCGCAGAUCGUAGCAAAAUUGUCUCGCCACGAGAGAGAGAGAGAGAGAGAGAGAGAGAGAGAGAGAGAGAGAGAGAGCUGCGCGCAGUGGCGCGCAGAUCUGCAGGCAUUAUACAACAAAUUCCCAUACCGUAUUCUUAAGGCAUUAUAAGCUAGGUUGAAUAUAGAAAAUUUUUAUACGAUUUAUAAGAUAAUGCAAUUUGCGCCUGCAAUCGAUUAAUUUAUUAUUCACGCACGUUUUCUUGUUGGCGUUUUCGUUAAAAGUGCACUGUCCCGCGGCCAUCCCCGCGCUGAUCGUGAGUUUCGCAAGUUCCGUCGUAAUCGAUCGACGACUCGACAGUCGGACGACAGCGAGGGUCGAUCCUCUGAGUUCCAAACGUCCCAACCCCUCCCCCAAAUAAAUCUUUCUCGUCUUGCAUUCAUUUAUGUUGAGAAUAAUUGGCAAUAAUAGAGGGAACGUGUAGAAUCAGACGUGUAUAUUCCGUACGUAGAACUCACAAUCAGAGGGAGAUGAGAGAGAGAGAGAGAGAUCGCGCGGGUCGCCGCCGCGACGUGUGCCUCGCGUCGUCCUCGUAUGGCUCGUAUUCCUCGAGGAGGCGCCUUGUCUUGUCUAUUGUAAGAUAGCUCUUGUCCAAGUGAACAAUUCCGCGUGAUUUAUCAUUAUCGUGCUUCUCUCUCUGUAUCGCGCGUAUUCGUAUAAUAUAUUUAUCGUGCAUCUACCGCGAUAGGACGUCGCGCCUAUCUCUUUGACUGUCACUUUGACUUCUUUCGUAGCCGCAACAAACGACGAGGUCCAAUUAGUUUUAGCCAAGAUUUAGUAAAAGAAGCGGGGAAAAAGAAAAGCUCACAUCCAAGUAAUAACUCAACAACAAGAACGUCUGAGAAACGUUCUCGUUUUCAUCAGACAUCCGAGCUGUCUAGCUAGCGAGUCGCGAUGCAAGCCGCAACGACACCACCACCCUUUCCCAUCCGAGACAACGCUUCUUUUUACGGUAUAUACAUCGUGUCACGCUUAUCGGUUGAUGCACCUAAAAUGAUGCACCGAUCGCUGCCUCUCGUAAAUCAGCACGUACCUUUUGUCCUUUUGUCAUCGCUCGUAGACCACGUAAUAGACACGAUUAGCGAGUAGAAUGCGGGGGGUGGGGGGGGCUCGAGAGAUCGUGCACCACCAGGUUUCAUCGAUGAUCGACGAAGACGAGGAAUGGCUCUCUCGCAGAGAGAAAGAGAGAGAGAGAGAGCUGCGUGGAAUGCCUUUCUCGAAUCUAAAAUUAUAAGAUAACGGACGAUUGUCUCAAAUCUGAUUGUACAUCGCAUAUAAGAGUAGCGAUAACGAAAUAUAAAUGUCGCGAUCGAGUAAAGUUUCAAAUCUCUAAGGCGAAAUCUCGUAAGGACCAUUGGAAUCCAAUUAAGCGCAUUUAUGCAGGAAGGAAGCAAAAUAUAAUUUUCGAAUAGUUAUUUUAAAAAGUGCAGUGAUUUAACACGAUGUGCAAUAACACUAAUAACCAAGCGAAUACAUGCCCAACAAUUAGCUUUUUCGCUUAGCAAUAUUUUGAAGAAAAAUCCGAAAAUGGAAAAAUUGGAAACUAGUUCCUUUCUUCAUAAUUAGACAUAUGUAUAAAAGGAGAACGAGCUUUCUCUCUCGGAUAUCGGAUAGCAGAUAGCGCGAUAUAUCGCGUUCCAAGUAUGCCCCACUUUGAUUCUUCUUUUCAUCGAAGCCCCGCGCGCGCGCGCGCGCGCCUCCGCUUCCGCGUAAAUUGGUAAAUUUUCCAAAUCUCUCACGAUCUAUAGUAGUCGCGCGUACGUAGUAUGUGCUGAAUAUUUAGUGACGUCCAAACAAACUGACAAUAACGGCUGUGAGUGAGCGGUAUUCUUUUUUCAGCAAAAGCUCUAUUCUAGCGUAAAUCUCUAUCUCGCGUUCCGCUCGAUUUGCCCGUGUGUGCCGAUGAAUCGGACGAUCACCGUGUCCGAUCGAUGAUGAACCACACGCAGGUAUAAUUUCGACACGUACGACAUAAACACAGCGCAUGCACACAUCGAUUGAUUUCUUGUCUUAUACUGUGAAAAUAAGCAUUACAAUAAACUAUAAACUCCCGUUUGGAUCGAUAUUCGGCCCGAAACUCGCCCAGUUCCAAGGACGAGAUCGUUCCGAUUCUCGCACUCUCUUUGAACUCUACUCGACACACUUGCAGCCUGCAUGGAGAAGAGAGCCGCAUCUUAUAGCAUCCCGUUGUAGCAAAGCACGUUUUCGGGAAAAUUUCAGGGGCUCAAUUACGUGUUACAUCGCGAGUAUAUAUCUUCUUACUCGAACGUCGUACCAGAUUCGUGCAAUUAGCCUGAGAAAAAGUAAAACGCUGAAAUUUGAUGCACUCGCAGUCAACUAUUUUUUUACGAAUGAUAAAAAUUGCUCUUGCGGUUAUAUGCCGAUACUCUGAUAUAAUAAGCGAUACCGAUCCAUUGUAUAUGGACGAUUAUAUUCCCUUCGCACGCGAAUUGCAAAGGUAACGAGAAAUGCGUAGGUAUUGUGAUUCAAGUGUCACGAACCGGCAAAAUACGUCAAGAAGAACCACAUACGCCCACGUACACACACACACACACACACACACACACACACACACACACACACACACACACACACUUUGAGCAAUCGUCGAUCAUUCGAGAUAGAAUUUUGUUCUCACGGGUACAUGAUAGUUUCAUAACAUAUUACAAAGUUAAAAGCGCAACACUCUAGCAGCACAGUAUUUCCGUUGUGCGAAAUUCUGCUUUCGUUGGAAGAAAAAGAAAAGAAAAGAAAAGAUUAUGUGCGCCCGCGACGUAGCGCGACAAUCUUCGAAUUUGUAUGCGCGCCAAGCGAUUAAUUUUUCCUCGUGACUUUAUCGCAUCGUGAGUACGCAUGUACGAUUGUUUUACUUAAAUCUUAUUUGUUGAAUAUCGACUUACCUACCUAUCGCGCGUUGUUUCGAUACGCACGUCGUUUUAGUACGGAGCGAUUGAAGAGAACGACAUUGCAUAAUUUAGCGCGAUAUGAUUAUUAUUGGUGGUCAAAUGUCACAAUGACUAUCAAUUAUUAUGUAUUAUGUAUUAUUAUUAUUAUUAUUAUAUUAUUAUUAUUAUGACUAUUAUUAUGAAAAUAUAUCGCGUUAGUUUUUGGACAAACGAAUAAAAACACUGGGGGUGGGGAAAUAAAAAUUGUAACAUAUUUGUUGAUGGCCAAUAUCAAAUAUGUAUAAAAGUAAUAAUAAUGCAACAUUAAUAAUAAACAGAUAUUAUUAAAA